AUUUUCCUUGUUUUUUACUUAAAUUUCCUAUCUUUAAAGGGAUGACCUUAAGAUUUUUUGCCUCCCCUUGAAUUUUUUUCUGCGGGCGCCCUUGGACUAGUAUUUAUUAUAUUACAGAAAAUGACUUGUUAAGUUCCAUGUAAGAUACACUUGAGGACGACCAGAAGCUUAGUAGAAACGUCGUGUAAUAGAUAAUCAACUUGCCAGUUCGCUCGAAAGAAAGGAAUGCCUCGAUUUCUGUUUCAUUAUCUUAUCAGCAAUGUAAAAGGCGUGCGUCAAAGGGAGUCACAUAAUUAAAUCUGUGAGUCAUGGAUUAUGGGUAGCUAAUCGAACAGCUGUAUAACGUGACACGUAAUUACGAAAAAAUUAGUUGGAGGUUAGGGCAGAUGGCCUUUCGUGACAUUCCGAGCAGCAAAUAAGGAUCCUCGUGAUUCAUAUUACUUGGGAGAAAGUGGCGUAACAGUUCAAACUUGCGCCUCAUCGUUUGUUUCGCAGUCUCACGAGUGCAUUUGUCAAUCAUGUCAGGUCCUUGUUUACGCACAAAUCGACUUUGACGUGAAAGACUCCAGCCUUUGUUAUUUAUGCAUCUAGUAACGAUCUUCCGCGAUGGAACCUGGCACGAGCGGAUCAGUGGACGAUUACACGGAAAUAAUACAGAGACUGCCUGUUUACUUGAAAUUCGCCUAUGGCAUGGGCCACGUGUUAAAUGACAUCUGUGCUUCCAUGUGGUUCACGUACCUGCUGGUGUUCUUUCACCUGGUGCUCGGAUUCGAUCCGACCUUGGCCGGCGUUGUGUUAUUCAUCGGCCAAGUAGCGGAUGCUGUAGUCACUCCGUUUGUUGGUCUGCACUCUGACAAAAAUGACAAUUUCUGGUUGUGCAGAUAUGGCAGAAGAAAGACUUGGCAUUUAUUAGGCACUAUUUGCGUAAUACUAGGAUUUCCAUUUAUAUUUUCACAAUGCAUCGGUUGCAAAGAUGCACACCAAUGGGCACAAUUAGUUUAUUAUGCUGCUUUUGUAAUAAUCUUUCAAUUUGGCUGGGCUGCUGUACAAAUAUCACACUUGGCCUUAGUCCCGGACCUCACGCCAGCUGAGCAUGAAAGGACUGAACUUAUAGCUAUAAGAUUCACGUUUACCGUCUUCUCCAAUGUUCUCGUUUAUUGCAUCAUGUGGGGCAUACUGCACAUAACGAACGAUACUCAGUACGAAUCUCAGAUUGGACCUGGUGAUGUUUAUAAGUUCCAAAAAGUUGUUCUGAUCGGAAUAGCGACCGGGGUUUUAGCGUCCAUUAUAUUUCACGUUGUUGUUAAGGAAAGAGUUAAUGACAAUGCCAAUGAUAAUCUUUUACAUGGAAACGGCGGCAGAACGGCAUCAGCAUUAUUAAAGGACGUGAAAUUAUACCAAGUAGCUUGGGUCUACAUGCUCACGCGACUGUUCAUCAAUCUGUGCCAGAUUUACAUGCCUCUGUAUCUCCACGCGUCAUUAAAUAUGCCUGCAACUUCCUUGGCUUACAUACCACUGAUAAUGUAUUUGAGCAGUUUCUUCAUGUCUUUAAUCAUAGAGAGGCUUAAUACGAAAUGGGGUCGUAAAAUUGCAUAUUCCAUUGGCGCGUCGUUUGCAUUAUGCGCUUGCAUAUGGAUUCGAUUCGGCAACGACGAUAUGUAUAUCAAGUAUGAGAUCUACGCUGUAGCUGUGUUGUUAGGUUCUGCUGGUGCAAUAAUGUUAGUAACUAGUUUAGGCGUAACCGCGGAUCUGAUAGGAAAAAAUACCGAAAGCGGUGCUUUCGCUUACGGAAUUAUGAGUUUUGCGGAUAAACUCAGUAAUGGUGUAGUGAUUAUGCUCAUUCAGUACUUCGUCAGGCACUUUCCGUCCGAUUGUGCUAAUUAUUACUACAAAAAUAUUCUUACGUAUGUUUGCGGCAUAUCCGUGAUAUUUGGUCUACUAAUGGUUCUAUACAUCAAACCAUUCCCACGUGACGUCGUUUUUAAUGUUCUGCGUAAUGAGGAGGACGAAGGUUUUAUAGAAACUGCAAAUGAUAAUGAAUAAAACUCAUCUUUAAAUCUAUCACGUGCUGAUAUACAUUAACAUAUAUUUUAUAAAUAUUUUAGCACGAAAUAUUCUGAACGUUGAUAUUUAUUAAAAGGAAAUAAAACGUAUGUGUAUGAUAUGAAUAUAUCGGUCAAAAAGUUCGGUUUCAGUUUUGCAUGAAAUGUUACUUUAUUGCUUUCAGUAGAAACAAUUAUUAUUCAUCAACCAAGCCAUCGUCAUUUAUGAUUAGACAUUAUCAUAUAUGAUAUAAAUUAUUUAUGAGUAGACAUUAUCAACAUUAUUGCCUGCAUUACAUGUAAAUCGAUUUGAAAAAUUGAAAAUCGAACCAAACCUUUCGACUGAUCCAAUAUAUGUAUUAUAUAAUUAUACAUAUAUGUAUAUAAUAUGAAAUAAAAUCUAUUUUUUUGUUUUUUAUA